CCAACCCCUUCAAUCUUCAGCACAAGGCAUUCUCUAGGUUGUUGGUACAUGCAAAAAUGGAGGCCAAAUACUGCUGGUCUGUGCUCUUGACAUUGGCGUUGAUUUUAGUUCUUGUCAAUGGCGAUGAUAUUGAAUCCUCUUCUGUAAAGCCGGUGGUGAAGAUAGUGAAGGGCCAAAAGUUGUGUCAGAAAGGGUGGGAGUGCAAACGUUACUCCCAGCACUGCUGUAACGAGACCAUUUCUGACUACUUCCAGACAUACCAGUUUGAGAAUCUCUUUGCCAAGCGUAACACACCUGUAGCCCACGCAGUCGGCUUCUGGGACUACCGUUCUUUUAUCACUGCUGCUGCUGAGUACCAGCCAUCAGGCUUUGGCACCGCCGGUGGGAAGCUCACCGGCAUGAAGGAAGUUGCAGCUUUUCUUGGCCAUGUUGGCAGCAAAACCUCCUGCGGAUAUGGAGUGGCAACCGGGGGACCUUUGGCCUGGGGUUUGUGCUACAACAAGGAACUGAGCCCGGAGAAGGAUUACUGCAAUGAGGACUUCAAACUCACUUAUCCAUGCUCUCCUGGAGCUUCAUACCAUGGCCGUGGUGCCAUUCCUAUCUAUUGGAACUACAACUAUGGAGAAACAGGGGAAGCACUGAAGUUGGAUCUGUUGAACCAUCCAGAAUAUAUAGAACAGAACGCAACCUUGGCAUUCCAGACUGCAAUUUGGAGGUGGAUGACUCCAAUCAAGAAGCAUCAACCUUCAGCACACGAUGUCUUUGUUGGAAACUGGAAACCCACAAAGAAUGACACUUUGUCCAAGAGGGUUACAGGUUUCGGCACCACAAUGAAUGUGCUGUACGGGGAUUCUGUUUGCGGUCAGGGUGAUAGUGAUUCCAUGAACAGCAUCAUCUCCCAUUACCUCUACUACCUUGAUCUUAUGGGUGUUGGCCGAGAAGAGGCAGGGCCUCAUGAUGUACUCAGCUGUGCCGAGCAGGCUGCUUUCAACCCAUCCUCUUCCUCUUCCUCUUCUUGAUGAUCACGAUCCCCUUUGCUUGCAUAUUGAUAUUGGUAUAGGAUGGAUUAAUAAGGGAGGGAAGCUAUUCACAUUCGAGUAAAUGUACAAUUACUGAAGGGAAUAUUGAAAUACGAAGGGAUCACAGACAAAA